UCUGCUCCGCCCCACCUUCGUCGUGGCUCUGUUUUCUGGUUUCUCUGUGUGUGGGUAACCGUCAGGUAAGGAAGAAACCACUGAUAUUCCUCCGUUCCGUUUAUGUCUCUUCACAGCAAAAAACAUUACCUCAUCAUUCACUUCCUUCUCUCUCCUAUUCUAUGACACUUUCCCUUCCCUUCUCCCACUCUUUUCCUCUUUCCCGCCGCCGCCGAUGCCCUCUUAUCCUCUCCUCUGCCCCCUCCGAUUCCCUCCUCCUCCUCCUUGGCGCCACCGGCUCCGGCAAGUCCUCCCUCUCCAUCGACCUCGCCGCCCGUUUCCCUUCCGAGAUCAUCAAUUCCGACAAAAUGCAGCUCUACGGAGGCCUCGACAUCACCACUAACAAGCUCCCCCUCUCCCACCGCCGCGCCGUUCCCCACCAUCUCCUUGGCGAUUUCGACCCUCUUGCCGGAGAGGUUUCCCCUGCCGCUUUCCGUUCCCACGCCGCUUCCGUCAUCUCCGGCGUUGUCUCUCGAGGCAACCUUCCCCUCGUUGUCGGCGGCUCCAACUCCUUCAUUCACGCUCUCGUUGCCGCCGAUUUCGAUGCUACCCAGGACGUUUUUGGUGGGUCUCGGAAUCGGAUUUCGGCGGAGUUUCGGUACCGGUGCUGCUUUCUGUGGGUCGACGUGUCGUUUCCUGUUCUGAAACGGUAUUUGUCGAAGCGGGUGGAUGAGAUGUUGGAGAGUGGGAUGGUGGAGGAGUUGGCGGAGUUUUACGACCCGGAAAUGGCCGAGUCGGAGCCCCGAAUCGGGCUGAGGAAAGCCAUUGGAGUGCCCGAAUUCGAGGAGUUUUUCCGGCGGUAUCACCCGAAAGGGAGGGAUUACAGAGAGGGGGAUCCGCUGCGGGCGAGCGCAUACGAAGAAGCAGUAAGGAAAAUAAAGGAGAACACGUGGCAGUUGACGAAGAGGCAGUUGUGGAAGAUCGGACGGCUCAGAAAGGCCGGGUGGGACCUGAAGAGAGUGGACGCUACGGCGGCGGUUGUGGCGGUCCUAGCGGCGGAAGCGGCGAGAAACGGUCAGAAAUAUGGGAGGAACAGGUUGUGGAACCAAGCGUAAAGAUUGUGAAGAGCUUCAUUCAGGAGUAGGUUUUCCAGCUUUUUCCAGCUAUGGCAGUUACUAUUUUUUUUCUUUAAAUUUUAUUUUUUUUUUCCUUUUUGCCCCUCCUCUCUCUUACAUUUGCUAAAUAGCCCCUUAAAAAAAUCCCAUUUGCCAAGAUGUUUUUGCUACC